AUGUCGACUGAACAUCAACACGGUCAUGGAAACCGAGAAUUGGUAAAGGGUAAACUUCGUCCACCGUCGAAACCACCCUCAACCAAAUCGUAUACAGUCACAUCAGCGUCGAUCAACGAAGUCCUGGUGAGAAAACCAUCUGAGAGACAAGUGAACCAGGAUCCUAUUGAGAUCUCAUCCGCGGCUACUGCUCAACCCUUCUUAGAUCCCACGAUCCUUGAACGUCUGGAAAUUGAAGAUCAAGCAUGUGCUUCCGCCUCUCGCUCCCCGGAUCUCGCCCCCGACCCUAUGAACUGUGCCCCGGUCCGCAGUGUAACGAAGAUCCCGACUUUCUCAAUGUUGCACCCACACGUACUGAGAGCUUUAUGGGCGGACCGACGAUACCAAAUAAUGGCUAUCGAUCGGGACCCCGCAGAGGAUGUGGUUGUAGAUGCUAUCAAAAUAAGCGACCCUUACAUCCGGAUGUAG